AUGGCUCCCCUUGCCGUUUUCGUCUGCCUUGUCUGCCUUUCCUUCCUCGCCGACGCUCUCCCUGCAAUUCCGAAGAGUUCAACGACGUGGCUCAUUUCCAACUUCUCCCUCACCCUCUCCCCCGCCCAGAACUCAACCUCCCUGCUCUUCUCGUUCACCGACCCCUCGCCCGCCUCUCCCACAAACUUGACCUGCACAUCCAAUACCACGGCGACCACGCAAGCCUGCGGACCGAAUCGCGACGUGCUGUUCAAGGUCAGCGAGGACCUGGGGGAGGUGGUGCUGAGGAGGCGCAUGAGUUCGUGA